AUGGUUACGAACAGAAUCAGAAUCGUCGAGGGAUCGUGUUGGCCCUGCAAGAAACGCCGCAUUAAGUGCGACCUGACCAAGCCCCGAUGCAAUCGCUGCUCCAAGAUUGGCGCCGAUUGCGACUUCAACGCUCGCCGCCUGAAAUGGAGCACGCGGCCCACGAUCAAAGCUCCGGCCAUGUACCAAAUCGCCCCCAGAGACGCGCAGCUCGCGUCCUGUCUGGCUUCAGACGAACGACGCGCCCUGGACUACUUCCACCACCGCCUGUGGCCCCUCCUGACGACGGCCCCUGAACCAUGCGCCGCGCCAAUCUUGCAAGCCCUCGAGCAUCGAGUCGUGCUCCUUGCGGCGUGCGUCAUUGCGGAUGCCCACCGGGUCCUCCAGGACGGGAGGAACAGCCGCAGUCUCCUCUGCAUGAAGCGACUCGAGUGCCUUGCAGUUGUACGGGGCGAGGUCGACGGCGCUCACAUGGUUGAUAAGAGCUCGCUCAUGACCCUGUUGCUCGCUGUGCUCUUACUCUAUUUCCACGACGGAUACCUCGAGUGCGCUCAGGCAUCUGCGGCAACGUCCAGUCACCACGGGGGCGUCAAGGCCAUAAUCGAGAGCCUCGGGGGCAUACUUCCAGUUCUGGAGACGAGUCAUGAGCCGAUCCACAUGCUCCUCUCAGAGUUCGCGUCAACGGAUCUCACAACAAUCAUGCUCAAGGGCGGGAAACCGUCGUUUCCUCACGAGAUUUGGGACACCAUAGAAAAGAGAUCCGUGUGGUGGGGAAGAGACAUCCAGGGGCGCUCAUCACUAGCCUCAGUCUUUCAGCAAAUAUCUCGGCUAGCAGAAUACCGAGAUGCUCUCAACAACGGCACCGAGCAGCUCUCAAUGGAAACUAUCCGAAAGUUCGAGACGGCUUUGUCUCCGAUGUAUGCCAGGAUUACAGACACAUAUUCAGAUAAUACUGGAGAUGCGGAUCCAGACUCGGAGGCUAACAACGAUUUCACUCUUAUUCGUGCCUUUCAGCAUACAGCUCUCAUUUACAUGUAUCGAGCCAUUUGUGGUCUGCCAGUCUCCCACUCCCUUGUACAACAGCACGUAUUACCUUGUUUGGAAUGUAUCAUUGAUAUGAAACAGCCGUCAAAGGUGCUCAACUGUGUCAUUUUCCCUUUGCUCGUUGGUGGCGCGCAUGUCCAGUCUCCACGACAUCGGAAGGCGGUGUCGGGCAUAUUGCAUGUCAUUAGGGAUGAGAUGCGGUUCGCUACGUUACAUUCUGUUACCGAGGUGUUGUGCGACGUCUGGAAGGCGACUCGAGAGGACGUAUCUUGGUCAGAAAUGUUUUCCCAAUUAGCCUCCGAUGCUGUUGUGCUAUAA